AUGAGAGUAGUAUACAUUAACACUCUCAUUCUUGUUACUUAUUGUACCUUUAGUUAUGCUGCUGGAGUUGGUAGUCAUCUUACAUUUCUUUUGAGAGUUAUAAGUGAUCCAUCAGUUUUCGAAGAAACACAAUUGAAUAUUAAUUCUCAGUAUUAUUUUCCGUGGCUGAAGUCCGGUGCCUUUUUCCCAGAUGCCUUGUAUUCUUGUUCUUUGAAUAACAAGAAAUGGCAUGAUUUCGCAGAAUAUACCCAUUGGUCACCAUUUCUCGAACUCGCAAUAAAUUAUUGGAGGGAUACAUAUGGUGAUAAGAAAAAUGACAUUAUGUCUGAGGAAUCACAGAAGCUGGCCGCUUUUUUGUUAGGUAUAUUCACUCAUCAAGUGGUGGAUGUUCCAUGGCAUGCAUUAGGUGAAGGGUAUAGAGAUCAUGGACUAUUGAAAGUGCUAGCUGAACUGGAGUUUAAUAGCGAUCUGAACAAAGCACAUUCAUAUUUAGAUAUUAUAGGUGAUUUUCUUAUUAUGGCAGAUAUGUUGGAAGGUGUUGAUAAUGAAGCCGACAAUUUAAUAUGGAAGUUUUUCAACUCCUUAGAUUGGGCGCUUCCAUCACCUAGGGAUAUAAGCGCCCUGGUCUCAUUAUCUGGGUUUUCUGAAGUAGACAUUAACUACAGGGAUAUAGAGAAAUGUGUAACUCGUGGUAUGACAGCCUUGAAUAGCGAGGUCAGAUUGAUAGCUACAGAUAAAUUGCCAUAUCUCCUGCUGGCUUAUAAUUCCUCUCCGAAAGCAAGAGAGCUUAUAAAGUAUAAUAAAGUUGGCGGGGAAUUUGACUUAAUAUUGACAUUAAAGCGCAAGGUCAAAGGUUUUUUAAGGAAGUUUAAAAACAAUGAGAUGGUUUCAUAUCUUGGAGAUGGAGAUACAGGAUACGAUUCUAUUGAUAUAAUAGAGAGAAGUAUGCCCAACAGAGUUGUGCCUCUUCAUAGUAAAAGUUUUGGCAGUUUCAAAAAGUAUUGGAUUGGUAGGAAAGACUCCCAUUUGGGUGAGAAUAUGUUAUUUGUUAAACUAAACGAUACCAAAUUUUACUUGAUAUCAUGUUCCUCAUUUACAGAUCGUUAUGGUCAGGUAUAUAUAAUACCUAUCUGCAAGGAUAAUAAGCAGCUAAUCUAUGACUCAACAAUUUCACCAGUGCUAAAAAUUAAGGGUAGUUCUAUAGGAAAAAUUGAAAUUUCAUAUAAUGACUCUCACGCAUUAAUUGUAAUAGAUUCAUUUUCCCGUGUUAUUAAAAUUUACCACUCCGCUAGUGAACAUUAUUCUUAUCAAAUUGAUGAUUGUGAUAUGAAUAACCUGAAAAUUGUUUCAAUUAUUUAUGAUAGAUCUACAGAUAUGAAUACAAUAUUUUUAGCGGACAAGCUCUAUGGCAAAAAUGAAAAAGGGAAGGUUAUUUCUUUUGAGAUUGAUGGUUCAGGUAGACCAAUAAAGAAUACUGGUACUGGUAAAGUACUACUGCAAACAGUGAUGGAUCCAUCCACUUUUAAGUUAGGAAACUAUGUCCAUACUGCAUCAUCUGUUCUUAUUUCCGGGAAGUCUAUGUAUAUUGCUGCAGCGGGGGCUGGUGUGGUCAUGAGAUGUCACGUAAGCGCUGUUCCUUUAUCUGAAGAAUCUUGUUCAAUUGUCAAUAUCCCAAAUAAUCCUGAAAACUCCGAUAUUAGUGAAAUUGUGCCUUUACCUUCAAGAAUACAUGGGGAUUUUGGAAAGACAUUGUUGUCAAUUUUUCAUCAAGAUGAAAUCUACAUUCUGAUUUCUCAGCCUCUACACAAUUUUGUCCAUGUUUACAAAGAAAUUUUUGGAAAUUUACGGUAUCUAACAAAACUUACAGUUCCAAUCAGGUUAGAUGAGAUACCGCAACUUGUUGGGUUUGGAACAUCAAUGGUUUUUGACAAAGUUGAAGGUGUUUUACAUAUUGCCUCACCUGGUAUAAAUGGCGGUAAAGGAGCUAUUUGGACUGUUUCUUUUUCGGAGAUUGUAGAGGCAGCUCAUAGAAAUACCAUAGAGCUUAAUCCCAAUAAUCAUGUAAAAUAUACCAAUCCGCUUUCAUCUAUCCAUGCUCGUAGCUUUGGUUUUUCUUUAGCUUGGUGUGAUGAAGGUCAGUUAGCAGUGGGGGUCCCAGAAUUUGGAUAUAAUAGCAUAGGGUUGGAAGAAGUUGCAGGAGCUAUUUUAAUUUAUUAA